GGGUUCUUGCAGAUCGAACUGGGCAUCUGUCAAAAGGAGCGGGUUGGGGAAUGACAAGACAUGCACUUUGCACGCAAUCGAUUUAGACUCCCAACUCACAAAGUCUGGAUACACAAGGUGCAUCAAACCCCAGGUUGCAUCUCUCGACGAUGGUCAUCUGGCGCACCCAUCGACCAACAUGACGACAGUAAAAUAUUUCCUUGGCGACUGAGUCGCUCGCCAAUCCGGCCCAUAGGCCCUCCUCAUGUGCCUGGCACCUCGCCGCUAGCGACUUACAUUAUCAAUCCCAUAAAACGGGAGCUGAUAUCGUUCUUUGCAAGGACUUUUGUUCAUCAGGCCUAUGGUGAAUUCUACAUAGAAUACCAAUUUAUGAUAGGAGCAAGCUAUGCACUUGAGCGCUUUUGCACUGUUCUCACUGCUCUAUCAAAACCGGGCUCCAGUCGGGACACAGACGAAGUUUUCCGUUCGAUGCUUACUCGUCCGUUGUACGAUCGUCUCAGCAAAGCGAUAUCCAACGUUAAAUCUAAAGCACAGCAAGUAUCGCUCAACUUUCAUCUGCACGAUGCUCGAAUAACCGAUAUGAAGGUUCAAUUUGGGCCGGAAAUUGGGACGGCCGCUAGGCCACGGCUGAUUCGGAUGUCCGGCAUCGCUCGAUAUUACGAACUUGGGCAAGAUCAUUAUUUAUUCAAGGGUUUCUCGCUUGGAGCGGUAUUUUCCAAAGAGGAUGUAGCCACACGUCACAUGACGCCAUAUCAACUGUCAGUAGAAGCGAUGGAGGAGGGGGCUAUUGUGCAACUGGAGGUCACGUUCGAUGCUGAGGUCACUUAUAGGCACGUUAGACUAAAGGCAGAACAAGACUCAAGAAACCAAAGUACUGAGGGGAUCGGACUAGCGGCGAAGCAGAAUGACCCUUCCCAACAAGCAGCGGAUCUUGCGUCCAGAGUAACGGAGGAUCUGACAAGUGACCUGGUAGAAGAUGUCAUAUCCUCAGAAAGCUGUCGACGCGAAAUCGUUGUGCUUUUCGAAGGUCAACAUUUUACCCAAGAGGAGGGUCACGAAGGGCGUGCUCUAUCUGCGCGCCAUUGGCGGAUUGCCGACAUCGAUUUCUUGCUGGAAAGCGAUAGAUAUCUGGACUAUGUGCAUCAUGAAGAUGAUGAUUGACGAAGAUUUCACAAGUAGAGAUUUCUUUUAUCGCAUAACUGAAUUUAUGUAGAUACAGCUCUGAUGGAUAAUUUGCAUGGUCACAUACCGAAAAAUAAUACGAAACUAUGUUCAAUAAUUUAA